AUGGGGAACUUAAGAAGGGAACAGAAGCAAGCGGUAAGAGCUUAUCGGUUGAUCAGAACCACGCCAUACACAGCGAUGCAAAGCUCCAAUGACAGUAUCAUCUUCCAGCUCACCAAUAUCGGGGCUGCUCAACGAGAUUCGCCGGUACGGACUCCAAAGAAGCUAGGAGCGCAGUUGGACGGGCCGCUAACGCCUCCGCCGUCGUCGAAGGGCAAGAGAUGGGCUGAAAGGUUUGCCAGCUUCCCUCGAAGCAGCGAAAGACGAAAGAAAUCGGUCGGUUCGCCUUCGCCGGAGAAGGGCACAACGGUCGCGCAUUCGGUCGCUAUUUCUCCGCCGAUGGCACCUGGCAGAAGCAAGGCAGGCCCGAUCUCAUGCGAGCCAGACGCCCAGUACCCGUCAAGGACCGACUCGCUGCCCAGACCGACGUUAGAGCUGCUUAACCAUAAGUCACGUGGCAAAGAGCAUCGGGGACCGUCUUCACCGUAUACUACUGAGAGCUUAAGACGUCUGCAGCGCCCUCGGGUGCUGCCGUUUGGGUACUCGGAUGCCCGCGCUUCGCCGAAGAAAUCGUUUCUGAAUUGUGUCUGUACGGUGUGUGAUGAGCCGAUCUUCACCAGAAGUCACGGCGAAAGGAUUAUCGAGUUGGAAUGCGGACAUACAACGCAUCACGAGUGCCUGUUGGUUUCACUCGAGGCGUCCCGCGAUAUCAAGUCCGGGGAGAUUCUCGAUGCCUUUCCCAGCUGCACAAAAUGCCAGGAGGAGUGCAAGAAAGACGUCAAAUGUUUACCCAAGAACCAUGAUUUGAAGGAUAAGCUGAUAUCCGAAUUCCUGAUCAACAAGAACCUGGGCUCAGCAGGAGGCAUACGGCGUAGAUCAUCCACUCAGGCUCAUCCCGGAUUAGCGAGCUUUUUGUCGUCGCCAGCGGUGACCACUGCGAAGCAUGACGUGCAGCAGCAUCUGAUGCCUGCAAUGACCUGGUCCACAAGAUCAGCGUUCCAGGUUCCAUUGGUGGAAGACGGGCAGAUGAAAAGGAAGCCAUCUCGUGCAAUCCCACAAUCACACUCGAUUUCCAAGGGAAGCUCAUGGACUGCUUCGUCUUCCAUCGUAUCAUCGGCGAAUGAUCUGACUUCCAUUAUUUCAGCUGACGUAUCGGUCCUUGAAAGCAGUCAGAGGGGCCCACUGGAAAGAUCUCAACUCCCGAUACUGAGGGCGUAUUUCAUGGAAGUUCUGUUGGCUAACUUUGAAGGCAGCAUUAUCAAUUGGGAGGUGGAUUCGGUGUAUGGUCUACUACGAUUGGCAGAUAAAUUACUUGUGUCAAGCGAUGGUACAACCUACGCCAAUUGUCUGUGCUACCUCUUCGAGAAAGCCUUGAUCGUGGCAAACAUCUCGAGUGAGAACUUUGACAACCUUAUUAGUACAAGAUUAACAGAUCUUAAAGUCUUUGCUCCCAUAUCUGGAAUAAAAGUUGAAGCAGUUGAGUCUUCAAUAUUCAAAUGCACAAUAGCUUCUGAUGCCAGCUAUCAGGAGUUGUUUUUAACUGAGACGCUUAACACUGACACAAGCCAAAUAAUCCAAAAAUGGAUUUCAGGUCUGCUGAACCACGACUUCAUAUUUGAUGAGAGCAACUUCACUUCGACUUUACCGAUUCCACCGAUUAUAAGACAGCUGAAGGGCAGAGCGGAUCGCGGAUCCCUCAUCGGUAUGGUAGGAUCUUCGAAAAUUAUUGAGCUCGCAGGAUUAGACCAGCUCUCGGAUAGCGUUAUUGUUAGAAGAGGCUUGAAACUUCCGCCCGCGAGCGCAGAGGUCCAUACCGAGAUAGAGACUAUGGAGACUGUGAUGACUACUAUCAGUUCAAUCCUAUCAUUGAAGCGCGAAAAACCAGACGACCUUGUCGUUGUGGUGCAAUGUAAUUUUGAGGAUCCCAGCUUCGCUAAUUCCCUCCCGAUAAUUCAUAAUAGUAUCAAGGCGUUGAACAUCAAGUUUCGUGAUUUGAAGAUCUGUGUUGUGAAUGCAAAGGGCUAUGUUGUUCAACAUGGGCUUGCAGAUAAGAUUUCUUUUGGCCCAGAUAGCAUCACUUCCUUCCAAAGAAACUCCGUUGCAAAGAAAUUUAAUCCCCAAUGGUUAAGGGAGGCCUUUUAUCCCAGUGGUGUGCUUGGAAAUGUGGGAGUUGCAGUCGUUUCAGCCACCUCCAUGGAGGAGGAAAAGUCCUGUCUGCUAAUGGAUUACAAGCCCUUUACCUGCUCUGGGAGGAGGAGGCCGAAUGAGCUAAAGGUAAAAGUAGGCUAUUUAAAUGUGGAUUACAGUGACAGCAUUGACGAGCUUGUAGAGGUCGCUGCCUGGGCAAACGUCUUAGAGGCAUUAAGCUACAGUUUUAGCCUGGUAUUUGGCGACGAUGAAGAUGAAGAGCUGAGCGCGGACGAUAGCAGCGAUUAUUGUACGGCUUUUAAGAAAACAGACUUGAGUAAAUCGGACUCAAUUCUAAACAAUAGUGUCACAGCAAUUCUUCCUACAGGACCCGGCGAAGAGGGAGAGGGUGAAGAUAAGUGCUCAGUGUAUGACACGGAAAGACACAGUGAACCUGACUUUUUUCAAUCAAAAAAUGUAAUGCUGACUUCAGGAGUUUCCGAGCCAGCGCAACGAGGAUCCGUUUCGGCGAAACGAUCAGAUAAAGGAUGGGACCCUCUUCUCGAUGACAUUGAAAGUGCAAUCCGCGAGCUGCAGAGAGGCAGGAGUGCCUCACCUGGACGACACUCUGGUUACUCUUAUAGUUAUAUAUGA